UCUGAGCUGAUUAUUUCAAGACAAAAGAGAAAGAGGACGCCAUUGACACCUCGGAGAAUUAAGUCAACUGCCAGGAUGUCUGUAAUGGAUCUCUGCCAAGCUGCUGCGGACGGAGACUUGCAGAAGUUAACGAACCUACUGAGAGCCGGGACCUUGGAUGUCAACACAACUGACGAGUUAGGAAGUUCACUACUACACUUGGCUGUAAAGCAAGAUGCCACACAGUGUGUCCAGCUUCUCCUCCAGCACGGGGCGGAUCCUAAUAUACAGGGCAAAAGGAAAGGAUUGUUUACAAGGCUAUGGGGCGGUGAAGAUGGACGUACACCACUACACUUGGAUGCAGAGCAAGGUGCCACAAAGUGUGUCCAGCUUCUCCUCCAGCACGGGGCGGAUCCCAAUGUACAGGACGGGGUAAGUAUGCGAGGAAAUGUGCUUGAGGUGUGUGGUCUGUUUAAACUUCUCUAUUAAAACAUUAUAUCAAACAUUUAAAAAUGUCACUGUGAGAUUUAUUUUGCUGCCGUAUCUUACAAUUUCCCAUCACAAAAGCAACAUACAUUCAACAUCCUUCCUACAAUUGAUAAUUACGGACUUGGAAUAAUUUUUAUAAAAAGGCUUUAUGACUAGUCAUAAACAUUAUUUACAAACAGUGGACU